ACCUGCGCCGGAUCCUUGUGGAUACAAACCCUAGAGUCGUUGGUAAUAAGCUCGGUCUGAAGACAGAUUCAACACAGAAUCCCACGAUUCAAUUCAUAUCAGAGAGGAGUCGCCAAACCAGAAUCUGUCAGAUGGCCGAUCUAAUCUUCAAAUCCCUGGUUGCCCUCGCGCUCUUGCUAUGCUUAUCACUUGCUGAUGCUAGCUCUGAUGUCCCUUUCAUUUUGGCUCACAAGAAGGCCACCCUUAACAGGCUCAAGUCUGGAGCUGAACGUGUUUCCGUCACCAUCGACAUCUACAACCAAGGAACUUCGACUGCGUAUGAUGUAAGUCUAACAGAUGAUAGCUGGCCAAAUGAAGCUUUUAAUGUAGUCAGUGGUAGUAUGUCGAAGACAUGGGAAAGGCUUGAUGCUGGUGGUAUUCUGUCUCACACAUUUGAAUUGGAGGCCACACAAAAGGGAGUCUAUUCUGGUGAACCAGCAGUUAUUAAGUUCCGCGUACCAACAAAAGCUUCUUUGCAGGAGGCAUAUUCAACUCCUAUUCUUCCUUUGGAUGUUCUAGCUGACAGACCUCCCGAGAAGAAGUUGGAUUGGGUUAAGAAAUUGCUUGCCAAGUAUGGAUCUCUUAUCUCAGUGAUCACCAUUGUGGUUCUGUUCGUGUACCUGGUCGCAACACCAUCAAAAUCCAGUGCAAAAUCAAACAAGAAGAGGCGUUGAUCAUUGCCAGAUUAAUACAUUUGCAAUCAGACAUUUUGAAGCUAGAGGAUGCUACACUGUCAGUUCUUAGACUUUACCUAGAGCAUAAGAUGUUGGAUUUUUUUCCUUUUGGUUGGUGCGACAUGUUAGAAUUUUCUGAAGUGACUGAUCAAUCAGUUGCUGAGAGAACAAAUUAAUUUAUCUGCAUCGUCUGAACCGGUGUUUUCAGCUUUCAGUGUGGAUGAUAUCGAUCUUUUUCU